AUGAGUCACUUGGCUUUCGCAUUUGGCAUCUUAGGCAGUAUUGUUUCAUUCUUGGUUUACCUUGCACCACUGCCAACUUUUUAUCAAAUUCACAUGAAAAAAUCAACACAAGGGUUCCAAUCUGUUCCUUACAUAAUUGGUUUAUUCAGUUCCAUGCUGUGGAUAUAUUAUGCAUUUCUCAAGCCAGACACCACCCUUCUUAUCACCAUAAACUCAGUUGGAUGCUUCAUUCAAACCAUAUACAUUUGUUUCUAUGUCUUUUACGCUCCAAAAAUCUCCAGGAUCGAAACUGUGAGGCUGCUGCUUCUGCUUAAUGUGAUUGGCUUUGGUCUUAUAAUUCUGCUAACUCAUUUUCUAGCAAAAAAGGGACCCCCUCAAGCCAUUAUUAUAGGAUGGAUUUGCCUUGUUUUUUCUUUAGGUGUAUUUGUUGCACCUUUGUGCAUUGUGAGACAAGUUAUAAGGACUAAGAGUGUGGAAUAUAUGCCGUUUCUUUUAUCGUUUUUCCUCACGUUAAGUGCUGUCAUGUGGUUCUUCUAUGGGUUAUUGCUCAAAGACUAUAACAUUGCCAUUCCAAAUGUGCUGGGAUUCAUCUUCGGAAUACUUCAAAUGGUGCUUUAUGUAAUUUACAAAAAUGCAAAAAAAGUGAUAGAAGAAAAUCUUCCUGAAAUACAGAAGCUUCCAGAACUCAAGGACCAGAUUAUUGACGUUGUGAAGCUAAGUGCAAUUGUGUGCUCUGAAAUAAUUCCAGUUGUUCCACAGCUGCUAAACAAUAAUUUACCUAACUUGGAGGCAGAUAAAACCCAAAAGAACCAUGUCGGUCCAUUGGUCGACAAGUGA